GCAGCGGUGCUUUGAAUCCAAGUAAUACAAAGGGUGCUGCCGGUCUUCGCGGCGUUCUGUAGUCACGUGAGCGCGCAGCCAACCACCGAGCGGACUGGGCAGCCCCUCCUCCCGACGCCUUCUCUCAAUUGCGCAGUCCGGCAGUUACAUCGCCAGGCACAAGCAGGUGAGCUUUUUUUUUGCGCUAACUGGAAUUUCGACUCGCAAAGACCGCUGUAAAAAGGUCUUUCCAGUAAGCGACUGUCCUCCUGUUUAAGCAUCUAGACCACACACCUCUUACAAUGCGUCCCAUGCGCAUAUUUUUGAAUGAUGACCGCCAUGUCAUGGCAAAGCACUCUGUGGUGUAUCCCACUCAGGAGGAGCUGGAGGCUGUACAGAACAUGGUCUCUCACACAGAGCGGGCCCUAAAGGCAGUCUCAGACUGGAUUGACCAGCAAGAGAAAGAUUGCAGUGGAGAGCAAGAACAACCAAUGGCAGAAGAAACCGAGACAACAGAGGAGGGCAAGGACAGUGAAAUGAAGACUGGAGAAAAUCCAACAAGGACUCUUCGUGGCGUGAUGAGGGUUGGACUUGUUGCCAAAGGGCUUCUUCUGAAGGGAGACUUGGAUCUUGAACUUGUCUUGUUGUGCAGAGAUAAACCCACAAUUUCUCUUCUGAAAAGGGUUGCUGAUAACCUUGUCUUGCAGUUUGAGACUGUGUCUGAGGAUAAAUAUGAAGUCAUACAGAACAUAAGAGAAGCUUUGAUUGUUGUCAAAAGCACUAAAGAGCCCCCUCUGACUCUUAACAUCCGUCUUACAUCCCCCCUGGUCCGAGAAGAGAUGGAGAAACUGAGCGCUGGAGAAACGCUAACAGUCAGCGAUCCUCCGGACGUUCUGGACAGGCACAAAUGCCUUGCUGCAUUGGCGUCACUCCGACACGCCAAGUGGUUCCAGGCUAGGGCUAAUGGUCUGAAAUCCUGCGUGAUUGUCAUUCGCGUGCUGCGGGAUCUGUGCACACGUGUACCGACUUGGGAGCCUCUUCGAGGAUGGCCUCUGGAACUUCUUUGUGAAAAGGCAAUUGGAACAGCAAACCGACCCAUGGGUGCCGGGGAGGCACUUAGGAGAGUUCUGGAAUGUCUUAGCUCUGGGAUCCUCAUGCCAGAUGGUUCUGGAUUGUAUGACCCUUGUGAAAAAGAUGCUAGUGAUGCACUUGAGCAUCUUGAAAGGCAGCAAAGGGAGGACAUCACACAGAGUGCACAGCAUGCACUGAGGUUAGCAGCUUUUGGGCAAUUGCACAAAGUCUUGGGCAUGGACCCAUUGCCUUCAAAAAUGCCAAAGAAAACCAAAGUUGAGACCCCUGUCAUUGACUAUACAGUUCAGAUUCCACCCAGCACCACCUAUGCCAUGCCGCCUCUCAAGCGCCCUAUUGAGGAGGAUGGAGAUGACAAGUCGCCAAGUAAGAAGAAAAAGAAGAUUCAGAAGAAAGACGAGAAGAGUGAACCUCCUCAAGUUAUGAAUGCAUUAAUGAGGCUGAACCAGCUUAAGCCAGGUCUGCAGUACAAGCUAAUCUCACAAACUGGACCUGUACAUGCUCCUGUCUUUACUAUGUCGGUGGAAGUGGAUGACAAGACAUUUGAAGCUUCAGGUCCUUCAAAGAAGACCGCAAAACUUCAUGUAGCAGUCAAGGUGCUGCAAGACAUGGGUCUCCCUACUGGUAUGGAAGAAAAGGAAGAAGGGACGGACGAAUCAGAACAGAAACCGGUUGUACAAACUCCAGCACAACCAGAUGAUUCUGCUGAAGUUGAUUCUGCUGCUCUAGAUCAAGCUGAGAGUGCAAAGCAGCAGGGACCUAUUCUUACAAAGCAUGGCAAGAACCCUGUCAUGGAACUGAAUGAGAAAAGGCGUGGCCUGAAAUACGAACUGAUUUCAGAGACUGGUGGAAGCCAUGACAAGCGCUUUGUAAUGGAGGUUGAGGUUGAUGGCGUGAAGUUCCAAGGAUCUGGCUCUAAUAAGAAAGUGGCAAAAGCUUAUGCUGCACUUUCUGCCCUGGAAAAACUCUUCCCAGACUACACAAUGUACACAGAAGCUCCCAAGAAGAAGAGGCCUCCUAUGAUGCCAAGAGGUGGACCCAAAUUUGCAGGAAAGCAUAAUCAAGGUUUUGGAAUGAUGUACAGUGAGGUACCCCCUCCCCAAGCCAUGAGAGGUCGUGGUAGAGGAGGAAUGAAUCGUGGUAGAGGAAGAGGCCGAGGUGGAUUUGGUGGCGGCUACAUGAAUUCAGGUGGCUAUGGUGGAGGUUAUGGUGGAAACUACAACUAUCAAACUUCUGCAACAGCAGGAUACAGUCAGUUCUAUAGCAAUGGAGGAGCUUCAGGCAAUGCAGGAGGGGGUGGUGCAGGAACUGGUGGGUACAGCUCUUACUAUCAGGGGGACAGUUAUAGUGCACCUACUCCACCAAAACCUUUUGUAAACAAGAAGCCACCCCCUCCUCAACAACAGCAGCAACAACAACCGCCCCCACAGCAUGCCAGCAACCCUCCCAAACCUUCCUAUAACCAAGGCUACCAGGGCCAUCAAGGUGGACAGCAGCAGCAGCAGCAACAACAGCAGCAGCAGACUUACAACCAGAAUCAGUACAGCAACUAUGGGCCACCUCAGAAACAAAAAGGUGGCUAUAACCAGGGGGCACAGGGAGCUGGAAGUGGUGGAUCUUACAACUACUCCAACUCUUACACAGGCGGUACAGCCCCUGGGUACGGCAGUGGAGAGGGUGCAGGAGGGCGAGGCGGCAGCUCUUACACAGCGCCAAGCUCUGGUUACAACACAGGCGCACACUCCGGCUAUGGUGGAGCCAGCAGUACUUCGACGUACCAAGGUUACACGCAGUCUAAUUACAAUCAAGGUCCCCCCGGACAGAACUACAGUGGCCCUCCAAAUAAUUACCAGCAGCCUCAGGGAGGAGCUGGGAGUUACAGCAGGAAUACAGAACACAACAUGAGCUACCAGUACCGAUAAACUCUCUCGUCCAAUCAUCUCCCUACAAGGAGUCCCAAGCUUUUGUUACCACUUCUCGUUUUAACACACCAUUAAGGGAUGUUCUGCUCUUAACCACCUCCUUGUUGUAGUGCUUUUAUGUAACGGCAUCACUCUCCCUCUCUUUUUUUUAUUUCCACAUCUUCUCAAAUUGGUCCCUCAGCCGUAUUGUCAAAACUCUUGGAAACAGCCUUGUCUGUAACGUGUAAGGUUUGUGGGUUUUUUUUUUAUCAGCCCUUGUCGUAUAAUUGUUGAACUUGGAACUGUAGAGAACGUGGUCUUGGAAAUGCAUCGUAAUAUUUCAGGGGGGAAGGAUGUAGUCAAUGAAGGCUAAAAAUAAGCUUAACAAAACCUUUCUGGUCUUGGGAUUCGACUUACACCCUCCUUUCUAUGUGUAGCAGUGAUGUGGCAGUAUGAGCGGUUGUGUACAGAUAUUGUAUGUUUACUAUCUUUUUAUUGUUAGCACAUGUACAAUUCAUAACCCCAAGCAAAUAAGGUUUUGCACUACCCCAUGGAAGACUGAGAAUCUGGUAUAACAGCUCUUGGGCAUCACUUUCACUGUCCAGCUUGUAUUUGGCACUAUCACUGCUACACACAGGAUAGGAGCUACACACAGGAUAGGAGCUACACACAGGAUAGGAGCUACACACAGGAUAGGAGCUACACACAGGAUAGGAGCUACACACAGGAUAGGAGCUACACACAGGAUAGGAGCUACACACAGGAUAGGAGCUACACACAGGAUAGGAGCUACACACAGGAUAGGAAGAGGGGACUUAGCCUGUUUUGUAAGUAAGGGAAGUUUUAACCUUGAGCAGAAUCUUCAUCCGUUUUCGCCUCCAUUUCCUCAUCGUUAAAAUAAUUCUGUGAAGUGACUUUAACAAGCUUUAUGUAUUUUAAUGCGUUAGUGUUUUUGACAUUUUUUGUUUUUCCCCAUUUUAUAAGUGCGUUUAUUUUAAGAAUACAGUGGGAUGUUUUUUUGUAUGUCUCGUAUCAUUCAGGCAGUAUCUGGAGUGAACCGAAACAUAGGUGAAUAAAAUGUAAAAAAAAAAAAAA